AUGCCAUCAACGCCCUUUUCCCGCGAAGAAGCUCUCACGAUGGAUGUCCCUCGCGGCUCCAGACGAGCGCGCCAUGCAGCCUCGGUGGCCUCUAGCCAAGAGGCCCAAUUGCAGGCUCAGGCCCAGCUCGAGCUCGAGGCCGCAACGCAGCAUCGCCGCACCCGCCGCCAGGCGCUGCAGGUCCAGGUGACGCCGGACGCCUCCAUCGCCGUGGCAGCUGGCGUCCACCAGGCGCCGGAAUUUGGCCACAGGCGGCGCGAGAUGGAACCGCCGCCGAAUCCCUUCAGACUGCAUAGAUGCGAAGCCGCUUUUCUACCCUCGUUUUCAAAAUGCCUCUUGGACAGCGCAUCCUCCAGCCUCGAGAAGAAGUCCCUCAAGAGAAUUUGCCUUCCACUCGCGUCGCCCCCCCUUACAAUAGACCAACUGGAAGCAAUCGUCGUCCCCUCCAGCCGCUUACCAUCUCCUCUCACGGCAAUAUCCUUGACCACAGAGACCACGCGGAGAAACACCAACAACCGUCUCAGUCUGCAAUUUGACAGCGAUGGCUCUGGCUCCGGCUCUGGCACUGAAUCAGAGCCAGAUCUCAGCCAUCUCGGAAUGACAAGGCGAGGCAUGACGGCCGUUCUGGAACAGCAAGCCGACCAGAUGACGUAUGACGAAGAUGCCAUGUCUGAAGGCCAAUACGAUGCGGAGGAAGCAAGCCUUGACGAGAAUCUAGACGACAAUGUUGAUGAAAACGACGACGACAAUGUUGAUGAGCAGGUUGAAGGGGAACAGGAGCCCCUGGCAAUGAUGGACCCCGUUGUCUUUGGCCUCAAGGAGAUUUCCAACUUGGGAAAGUUUACCGUGAGUAGCCAUAAGCCGGGCAAUGGUGUUGAGCAGCUCCGAAGUGAUGACUUGACUUCAUACUGGCAAUCCGAUGGCCCGCAGCCGCACAAGCUCACCAUAUACUUUGUCAAGAGAGUGGGUAUCCGAGACAUUCGCUUUUAUGUCAACUACAACGAGGAUGAGUCCUACACUCCCACCAAGAUUAUAUUCAAAUCGGGCACAAGCGAGAACAACCUGAUCCAGUUUGCUGCCAUGAACCUCGCGAGCCCCGUGGGCUGGCAGCAAGUGCCUCUCGCCGGCGUUGGCGGCGAGCCUGACGGCAACACGCUCGUGUCUUGGGUGCUGCAGAUGCAGAUUCUCGAGAAUCAUCAAAACGGCAAGGACACACACUUACGUGGCAUAAAAAUAUACGCCUUUGAUGCAGACGCCGUCCAACCUGGUGAGGCUGAGGACUCUCGCAUGGAUGAUACCCUAGAUACAAUUGAUGUUGCGGGUAGUCGUGCGGCCGCUAGCAAUCCCAGACUGGACGAUAUUGCACAGACGUUGGCUGCGGCGCGGCUUGAGGGUGGCGACUCGGGUUUUACCCUCCCAGACUUCAUGCGGGAUGCAGAGAUUCGAUAA